CUUUAUGCUCUGACACCUAAUUCCCCCACAUAUCUCACCCCUUCCAACCUAGCAGCUCCAACGCGGCCUCUCCUCUCCUAUAUAUGGCACCCCUUUCGCCAUGUUCCAACACAUGCAUACUCAGCCACCAGCUGCAUUAUCUCCCUCAUCGAUCCAUCUCCUCUAGCCACUCUACGUACGCACUUGCCUCUGUGCGUCUAUCUCUCAUUCCAAGUAGUAGCCGUCGCGAUCGAUCGAGAUCCGCCAUGGUUGCACACGCCAGCAUCUACUGCAACGCCACCACCACGACGACGGCGAGGAGCGGGCCGGCAUACUCCGCCGUGGCCCCUAAGUCGUCGCCGAGGAAUACCAAGAGAAGGAGCGGCAGGAAGGCGACGAGGACAACGGCCGGGCGGCGGCGCUGCGUGGAGGCGAUCAGGAGGAAGAUGGAAGCGCUGAGGCGGCUCGUCCCUAGCGGCGGCGAUCACCGCAGCAACGACGAGGUGGAGGACGACGGCGUGGACGAGCUCCUGUUCCGCGCCGCCGACUACAUCGUGCGGCUGCAGGUGCAGGUGAAGGCGAUGCAGCUCAUGGUCGACGUGCUGGAGCACACCAAAGACUCUUGAUUAUUUAUUCAUUUCUACUACUAGGUCGUGUCGAGCAGAACAGAUACAUGUACACGCAUACCAGUAUAGGUACCCGCGUACGUAUACAAAUUGUGUAUUUUUUCGAUUUGGGGGGUUAUUUUUUCUUUCUUUCUCUUUCGGUGUUUUGGAGAAGUAUGAAAUACGUACGUAGGGGUUAAUUAUACGGGUGGGAAUGGUAUUGGUUUAUUCGUUAAUUGUUGUGAACUUGCGUGAGUGCGUACUGGAGUACUUACGUAAUGGUGUAAAUAUGUAUACAUGAGUUUGAUAUAUGUAUACAUACAUAUAUACAUCGGGUAUAUGAUGCUACAAUAUGGAAAUUUUGGUUGCUAGUA